UGGCAAUGUCGCUUUGUGAUGAGGUCAUACAAAUGCCGAGCAGGCAGUUUCGGAAUCAGUGGUUGAGACUGUUGAAUUUUAUUGCUUAUUGAGCUGUUAGCAUUAAAUCACUUUUUAUUUUUUAAUCGAUUCAUGAAACAUGGCAACCGAAGACCCUUUUAAGGUUUCCUCGCUCAAAGGAAAAGUGGCUCUAAUUACUGGAGCCAGCUCAGGAAUUGGGGCAGCAACCGGCAUUCUGUUUGCCGAACUGGGAGCUUUGCUGGCGCUUAAUGGGCGUGAUGUGGAAAACCUGACCAAAAUAGCCCAGCAGUGCACAAAUGCAGGAGGAACAGAGCCACUGUUAGUGCCUGGCGACUUGACGGAUGAAGACACAGUGAGGAAGACUAUCGAGAAGACCAUUGCUCACUAUGGGAGACUGGACGUGCUGGUUAACAGCGCUGGGAUCCUGGCCAUGGGCAGCAUCGAGACUACAGACAUGGCUCAGUACGACCGGGUCAUGAACAUCAAUGUCAGGUCUGUUUAUCAUCUCACUCACCUUGCUGUCCCUCAUCUUAUUAAAACGAAGGGCUCCAUUGUGAACGUGUCAAGUGUGAAUGGGCAACGAUCCUUUCCUGGCGUGCUAGCAUACUGUAUGUCAAAGUCUGCGAUUGAUCAGUUCACGAGGUGCACAGCAUUAGAGCUGGCUUCUAAGCAAGUACGUGUGAACUCUGUUGGUCCUGGCGUGAUCAUCACAGAAGUGCACAAGAGAGCAGGACUGAAUGAAGAAGAAUAUGCCAAGUUUCUUGAGAAAUGUAAAGUGACCCAUGCUCUGGGCCGCCCGGGGGAGGCAGAGGAAGUUGCACGAGCUAUUGCUUUCCUGGCCUCUGAUGCAGCUUCCUUCAUCACAGGGGUCAAUCUACCGGUGGAUGGAGGUCGCCACGCCAUGUGUCCUCGCUAGGAGGGGUCAAAGGUCAAGCCUUCUUGACGUCGAUUUCUUGCCCUUGUAACCUUUUGGAUAAAACUAUGUCAAUUCAGAGUGGAGUGAAGAGAAAAGAGGUUUGAAUAUUUUAAGAUGGUCUUUGGCACUCCUACCUGCUCGUGCUAAAUAGAUUGUGAGAGAAUUAACAUAAUAUUGAUUAAACGAUACAUUUUCAGUGUU